UCCUCAUACGUCAUCAUCCUGCGCCGACGCGUCACUGCCAAUGUGUGGAAUCGAACGCGCUGAAAGUUGCUUUAAGUGCUGAUUGACAAACCGUUCAUUUGAAAAUAAAUAUAAUAAAUGUGUUAACUGAUGUUUGGUUCAUGUCUUUUUCGAUUUUGUGUUUUAUUUAUUUGAAAAACUCUGCUUGAGAACUUUAUUGUGCGACUUGUCUGCUGCGCACGUGGACAGAUUCAGCAUGGACUCCAGCAGAAGGAAACGUGUUAAAGUGGCUGCAGAGCUGGUGGAUGAUGAAGAAGAAGAGCUUUCUCCUGAUGAGGAGAACAUCAUUAGUGCCAGUGAGGACGAGGAUGACAGCAAUGAUGACAGGAAACACGCUAAACUCCUGGAGGCCAUCAGCUCUCUGGGAGGAAAGAGAAGGAGGAUGCACGCAGAGAGAUCGGAGGCUAGUCUACAGGUAUCGGAGUUCUCGGUGAACGUAGAGGGAGCGGGAGAGAAGAUCAAGCUCUCGGACCUGCUGUGUUCUGUGGAGAAAACACCUGGAGUGCCGAACAAGACCAAAAAACAGCUGAGGAACCUGGAGAACUCAAAAGAGACACUGGAGCUCCCGCUGAGCCGCCAGCAGACCGAGAAAAUCCAGAGGGGUGUGGCCUACAAGCACAGCAGGAAGGAGGUGUCCCGCUGGGAGAGUGUCAUCACACAGAACCAGAAGGCUGAGCAGAUCAUCUUCCCUCUGAAUCAGGAAGCAGCCGGACCCAAACGGGUGGAGCAGGUGGUGUCGGGAUGGAAGGCUCAGACUCCUCUGGAGCAGCAGAUCUUCAGUCUCCUGCACAGUAAUAAUCAGCCGAUCGUUGACCCCGUGUUGACCCCUGUGGAGGAGGCAUCAAUCAGUGCCAUGAGUCUGGAGGAGGCGAAGAUCCGGCGUGCUGAGCUCCAGAAGGCGCGAGCACUGCAGUCCUAUUACGAGGCCAAAGCUCGGAGAGAGAAAAAGAUCAAGAGCAAGAAGUAUCAUAAAGUGCAGAAGAAGGCUAAGCGUAAGGAAUUCCUGAAGCAGUUUGAUGAGAUGAUGAAGACGGAUCCGACUGCGGCGCUGGACGAGUUGAAGAAGAUGGAGCUGUCCCGGAUGGAGGAGAGGAUGUCCCUCAAACACCAGAACAGCGGCAAGUGGGCCAAGACCAAAGCCAUCAUGGCCAAAUACGACGACUCGGCCCGUAAGGCCAUGCAGCAGCAGCUGGAGCUCAACAAGGACCUGACUCAGAAACUCAUCGUGCCGUCAGAUGAUGACGAGGGAAAAGAUGAGGAAGAGGCGAGCGCUCUCCCUGACUUCGUGAACGAGGCCGAGUCGGCGAGCGGCUCGGUGAACCCCUGGAUGAGAGGCAAACUGAGCAGCGAGGGUCACGAGGUCACGACGGAUCCUGACACCACGAAUACAGAGGAACCAGCAAGCAUCCUGCGAGAGGAAGAGGAACAAGAGGAAGAGGAGGAGAACGAGGAAGAGCAGCUGCUGAGGCACUUUGAGACGAAACGGAAGCUGAGGCAGAAUGAGGAAGAUGGUCUGGUCUCGGUCACACAGCAGGAGGAAGGCGGAGCACAGGAGGACUCUGAGAAAACGGCGAGAGAGGAAAAGGAGGAGGAAGAGCAAGAAGAGGUCGUGUCUGAAUUCAACUCCCUGUUUAAUAGGCUGAUGAAGAGCGCUCGAACGCCCACAGAGCCGCCGCCGGGCAAAGCUGGUCAGACGCAAAAGGCGGAGCUUGUGCAUGAAGAGGAGGGGCUUCUGGAUGAGGGGCUGGUCCAUGCUCGCACCAUGGAGGACCUGGAGGCUCUGGAGCAUGAUGGGAUUGUGGAAGAGAUGGCGGUGUCUGUUUCACACGCUGCUGGCUCGGACACAGCGUCUGAGCCACACAGCACGAAGAAGAAGAAGGAAAUCGACCCGAGCGAAGUGCUCACUAAAGACGCCGCCGUGAUUAAAGUGGCGCUGGCGCCGACGCUGGUGGAGGGAGACGAGGGAGAGGAAGAGGAGGGCCCGUCGGCGCAGAUGUCCAUCAUUAAAGAGGCCUUCGCAGGAGACGACGUCAUCUCUGACUUCCUGAAAGACAAAAAGAAACAGGAAGAGGCGGGGCAACCUAAAGUGGUGGACCUAACCCUGCCCGGUUGGGGAGAGUGGGGCGGAGUCGGGCUCAAGCCUUCCCGACGCAAACGCAGGAAGUUUCGGCUGAAACCUCCUCCUGCUGCUCCGAGAAAAGACCACAAGCUUCCAGCAGUGAUUAUCUCUGAGAAGAGGAACUCGUCCGUGGCGUUACAUCAGGUGAGCCAGUUGCCGUUCCCGUUCCAGGACAGCGCUCAGUUCGAGACGUGUAUCCGUUCUCCCAUGGGUCAGACGUGGAACACGCAGAACACUGUCAAGAAACUCACCGCACCCAGAGUGGUGACCAAACUGGGCUCCAUCAUCGAGCCGCUGAGGAAAGAGGACUUCCUGCCGGAGGAGAAGAGCGCUGGAGUGCUGAAGAAGCAGCCGCAGAUCGUCCUGGAAGAGAAGGGCGGGAAAGCAGGGAGGGGUGGGGGUGGGGCUAGGAGAACACAACAGAAGAAGAAGAAAAAAUAGAAGAAUAGUGGAGUGACUUUAAUCAAGAUGAUUACAUGACUUUGUAUGACCUUUGGACUCAAAUCGUCUUUAAUGCGAGAUGAUGGUUAACGAGUGACUUUUGACUUUAUAAAGGAGAGAAUUAGAAGUGAAAGUGGACUGAUUUAAUGAAAUGAGAAACUUGUUGAAGAUAUAGUGUCGUUGUUUUUGCCAUGUUCUCUCUGACACGUCUCGCGUGUGACUUGAACUGUUCGUUCUUGUUCUGUAUAAAGAUAAUUUCUGUCCUGAUAAACUGGUAUUGAGCCCAACGUUUCUCUAGA